CACGCCUCUGAGCCCUCAAUAAACUACCUCUACCUAGACACAAUCUCACCAACAGCCAAAAUGGGUUACGAAGACUCCGUCUACCUCGCGAAGCUUGCCGAGCAGGCUGAGCGCUACGAGGAGAUGGUUGAGAACAUGAAGAACGUCGCUUCUGCAGACCAGGAACUCUCCGUUGAGGAGCGGAAUUUGCUCUCAGUUGCCUACAAGAAUGUCAUCGGUGCUCGCCGUGCCUCUUGGCGCAUUGUCACCUCCAUCGAACAGAAAGAGGAGAGCAAGGGCAACGAGCAGCAAGUCACUCUUAUCAAGGAGUACCGCCAGAAGAUCGAGGCCGAGCUUGCCAAGAUCUGCGAAGACAUCCUCGAGGUCCUCGACAAGCACUUGAUUCCUUCCGCUCAGAGCGGCGAGUCCAAGGUGUUCUACCACAAGAUGAAGGGAGACUACCACCGUUACCUCGCCGAGUUCGCGAUGGGCGACAAGCGCACUGCAUCCGCCGACAAGUCCCUCGAGGCAUAUCAGGCCGCCACUGAGGUCGCCAGCACUGAGCUUGCGCCUACUCACCCCAUCCGUCUCGGACUUGCCCUGAACUUCUCUGUCUUCUACUACGAGAUCUUGAACUCCCCCGACAAGGCCUGCCAGAUGGCAAAGACCUCUUUCGAUGAGGCCAUUGCUGAGCUCGACACACUUUCUGAGGAGAGCUACAAGGACUCCACUCUCAUCAUGCAAUUGCUUCGUGACAACUUGACUCUCUGGACCUCUUCCGAGGCCGAGCCAUCAGGCGAGCCCGCUGCUGCUGAGCCCGAGGCCAAGGAGGCCGAGCCUGCUGCCGCUGCUGCUGAGGAGACCAAGGCAUAGAUGACACCACGAGACGGAGAUGGUUUAUGAAUGAAGCUACACGUUGGAGCGAGACAGUCUCUCAGCUCCACAUAAGAAGAUGAGUGCCACUCGGCAGAGUAGCGACAAAGAUAUGCAAAGACGGGUAUUUCACCCUCAUGCUUUCCCACCCUCAGCCUCACCCCGCUGCAAUAGAUACGUUCUAUCCAGUGGAAACUCAAUCGCUGUGACUUCGCAGCACAUGAAUACUAUUCUGCGCUUGACAAUGGAAAGUUUCGUUGUUUCCACGCCUUGAGCGCGCUCCAAUUGUGUGCCUACAAGGCCGAUGAUAGAGUUCACCACAUGUCAAUAUGCUAUUACCUUUCACCACAAAAAAUCUGCAUCAAACAUUCACUGCUUAGACCAAAAUCCGAUCUCGAAAGGCACGCAA